AUGUUUUGCAGAUACAAAAAACCAGUGAACACAAUGGAAAUGACAACGAUUCAUACAAGGUUAUCGAAAGAAAUGACAACAUUCGUACAGGCAGACUUAUCUUGCUUUCGAGAAGUUGUUCAACGAUUAACUGGUACAUCUGAAUGUAUUGAUGGAAAUCUCGAAAUUGCAGCAACAACAAACAUGUCAAAAGCUCAAAAGCAGCAUAAUACAUCAAAGCUUCACCAUCGCAGACAAUGUCGAAGACCAUACAUAGAGAUUACUAACUCACAGUUUCAGUCCAUCAUCAUCCCAAGUCCCUCAACUCGUUCAAACAAACGAGCUUCUCCAUCCAUUGAGACGAUAAAUAAAGUGGAAGAAGAGAAAGCUAUCAAAGAAAGAAGGUUUUACUUGCAUCCGUCUCCCAGGUCUAAACAUGGAAAUGCUGAAGAACCAGAGUUACUCACCUUGUUUCCUUUAAUUUCCCCUCGUGAAACAAUGGAUCGUGAACAAUCAGUUGAAGGAUUUUGUUUCUUCAGCUAGAAACUACUUUGUAAAAGAUACAGUUCCUACAUAAGAUUCUAAUACAACAGAUAACUUUUAGAAGCAAGCAAAAACCUGUCGUAAUUUUUCUUUCAAAGGAUACGAGGUAAAAAUGAGACUGUUAAGUUAGUGCUCAGUUAUCAUAAUCAGUAAAACGAAGAUGCAAAAUAACCACGAGCAAAAUACAAGCGAUUCCCACCAUUGAAAUGCUUACAAAAUGUUUAUAUCUAAACAAAAAAAGAUCGCUUACUGUUAA